AUGAUAGGAUCUCGCUUCAUGGCCGCUUUCCUCGCUUCCACCCUUGUCACCCCGCCCGACCCUAUAUGCAUCGUGGGUGCUGGGCCAAGUGGCCUGACGAUUGCCAACGGGCUUGAAGACAAAGGUUUUAGCACCAUCAUAUUCGAGAAGAACGCGGUAGUCGGUGGGAAAUGUCAGGAGUAUUACGACCCACUCUUUCAUCCUUUGGGAGCUCUCUUGCUCUCGAACGUGACGUACAAAGAGACGUUACCAGUUGUUGAAGCUUCAGGUGUACCGCUUCUCCCUUUUGCCAACACGGCCAAGACUUGGCUAUUCGAUUGGAUGACAGGCGAGGUGCAAGAGGCCCCUCUUUCGCCUCCAGAGCUAUUCCUCUUAGUUCAGGGAGACGCGCAGAGAUAUACAGAGUUUUGGAACAACAUCUUCUCUCCGAAAAUGACGAAUGUUGGAUACAAGAAUGGUAUUCCUGAAGAGUAUACUGUCCCAUUCUUACAGUGGUUGUCGGCAAACAAUCUCACGUCCCUACAGCCGAUUUUUGAAGCGGGUAUGGUUCCAUACGGCUAUGGAGAUAUCACGGAGACACCAGCCAUUUACAUGCUUCAAUACUUCACACCAGAUAUAUUGCACUUUUUCACUGGUCAGCAUGACGGCUACCUUGUAGACUUUCAUGAAGUGUUUGUUCAAUAUGCCGAAAAUUCCGUCAAGGGUCCAAUAUUGACGAACACGAAUAUCACCAAGAUAGAUCGCUCUGGUGAUCAUCCUGUCAUCACCUACACCAACCAAACCGGCUCCACAGCAUCGCAAAGCUGCUCCAAGCUCAUCCUCGCAUUCCCCCCUGUCAUGCAUGCCCUCCAAGCUGCUAACCUCGACAUUUCCGCUGACGAAACCAUCGUGUUCUCUCCUGUCGGGAUCACCGAGUAUUGGUCAGGUGCCGUGAGCGUUGCAGCCCCCGGUGGCUUCAGGUAUGAAGCAGAGACAUACGAGGCUGUGGGUCAGCCUUCUGCGUUCGUCCGACUCUUCAAUGAGUCAUCUGUUGCCACGACAUGGUCAUGGGGGAAAUACAGGGGCAACCGGACGACAGAAGAGGCGCGGAUACUCCUCAAAGAAACGCUUUCCAAAGUCAACAAGGACCCAAGAAACGCGACGGAGCUGCCUCGUCCUGUCACCGAUGAAGACGUGAAGGAGUUUGAGAAGUGGGACUAUUUCGCACACUACGAUCCGCGAGAGCUACGCGCGGGGUUUUAUGGCAAGUUUGAUGCAUUGCAAGGGAAGCAGAACACGUAUUAUGCAUCUGGAUUGAAUGGCUUUGAGACCGUCGAGUUUGCAAUCCGAGCAGGAAAGGACGUCGUAGACACGCUAUCCCAGAAUUACGAUAUCACAUACCUAGGCUCGGACACAGCCGGUCUUUCAAAUUCCGCUGCUCCGCUAUGCUCCGUCAAGGGCUCCAUGGGAGACCGGCUGGGCUCACUGGUCGCGGUUUUGGCGGGGCGCGCCAAAUCCAUCCAUAUCAAGUGCUACAUCCUCCAUAAAUGCCAAAUUCAGGUUGGGUCAAACACCCUAGUUGAAAUCCACCUCAUCAAAAUUAUCUACACUUGCAUCACUGUGCCCAUUACUAUUGUUGGUGGUCAUCUGCCAAGCUAUCAGUUAGAGAAAGCCACCACAUUGGCGUGGCACUCUUGA